AUGGAACGCCGCAAGUCACCCGUGCUGACAGCCAUACAUGAAGACGGCGUGAUUGAAAGACCACCAGGACUCCCAUCGACGACUAUGGCGAAAAGAAAAGCCAACGGCCUCAAUACCGCUGAAGCCACAACCGAAGGUUCUUCUCCAGCAACAAAGGACAGCGACGAACUCAUCACCUCCCUCAACGCCCUCUCUGCCUCAGCCUUCCAGGAGAAAUACAUAAAACCCUCCCACCUAGCACCACCAUCACCUCAACUCUCCAUAACCUUCAAAUCCUCCGCCAGCCUCACCAAGGGCGAAUUGAAUCAAUGCUUCGACCUCAUCUCCCUAACCAGCCGGUCACACUACGAACCCAGCAGUUUCGGCUGGCAUUCCCGGCGAAAGCUACGCGAAAUGCGGGAGGAGGAGAUGCGAUAUCUUCUCGUCCGGUCCACCACCCUCGCAGACCGCGAUGGCGAUUCGGCGGUGGAAGGAGAGGUGAAAGGCUUCCUCAGCUUCAUGCUCACCCACGACUCCUCGCCGGCGGUGCCGGUGGUGUAUGUAUACGAGAUCCACCUCCUACCCGAACUGCGGCAAUGCGGGCUUGGAGGGCAUUUAAUGCAAGUCGCGGAGGACGUGGCGAGGGCAACGGGGGUGGAGAAGGUGAUGUUGACGUGUUUUGUGGCGAACGAGACGGUGCGGCGGUGGUAUGAGGGGAGGGGGUAUGGAGUGGAUGUCGUCUCGCCGGAGGAUCGCAUGACGAGGAGGAAGGUCGUCAAGGCAGAUUAUGUUAUCAUGAGUAAAGCGGUGAAGUGA